AUGCUGACCGUGCCUCGUGAAAUGCCUCGGCCGAUGUUAUUGAAGUUUACCACGCGGAUGUUGUGCCGGACAGCCAACUCCUCAAUUGGGUCCCGGACCGAGGUGGAGUAUGGCCCGUUCUCAAGAUGUCCAGCAGGCCGGCGCCGGCAUGCACAUGUCACCAACAGAGGCUGGAGGGAAGGUCAUGGAUUUCACAAGUCCCGAGAUGUGGCGAGAGUGGCUAUCACCUCUGAUAUUAAUGGAACGGAAGCGAGGAGCUGGUCGCCCCAAUGGAUCUCGGAGCACCCCACGGACUGCCUGGUGCCUCGCCACGAGCCGGCGACCCUCAACUGUAAAGCGGAAGGGACUCCGCCCCCCACAAUCUCCUGGUACAAGGGAUGGCGAAACCGUAGCGCCUCUGGGGCCAGCCACAGAGUGUUGCUGCCCGCCGGGUCGCUGUUCUUCUUGCGGGUCAUCCAUGGACGCAAGGAGUCGGACCAGGGAGUCUACUGGUGCGAGGCUCACAACCUAGCAGGGUCGGCUCGCAGCAGGAACGCCACCCUGGAUGUCGCAGUUCUCCGAGAUGAAUUUCGGAUCCAGCCGAGCAGUCAGAGGGUGGCGCAGGGGGAGGUGGUGGUGCUGCAGUGUUCACCACCCAGAGGUCAUCCGGAACCUUCGGUUAUCUGGAAGAAGAAUGGUCAAGUCAUUGACCUGGAGGGGAAUCAGAGACUGCAGAUAGUGGACGGGGGAAGCCUGGGUAUCCAGGAUGCGCGCCAAGGAGACGAAGGACGAUACCAGUGCGUGGCCAAGAACACGGUCGGCGUCAGAGAGUCCCAGGUCGCUCAGCUCAAAGUGCAUGUAAAGCCGCAUCUAAUCCGAGGCCCCAAGGACGCCACGGCGCUCGCGGGCAGUAACGUGGUGUUCGCGUGCGAGGCGGGAGGCGACCCGCCCCCGGACGUGAUGUGGAGGCGGACCGCCGGGGGCGGCAGCAUGCCCCUGGGCCGCGUCCAUGUCCUGGAUGACCGCAGUCUGAGGCUGGAGAGUGUGGUACCCGAGGACGAGGGAGAGUACAGCUGUGAGGUUGACAAUGCUGUGGGUAGCCUCACAGCGUCCGCCACCCUCACCGUACAUU